CUCCCUCUUACAACGAGAACGACAACGACAACGACAAUGCUGCUGUCCAAAGCUCUCUUCCUCGCCUCUGCGGCGACUGCAGCAAUGGCAUACCAACUCGACAGACGUCAGAGCGAUCAGAAUAUCCCGGAUGACGAGUCCUUCUGUGAAUGUAUUGACAAGGACCAUUUCCCCGAUGACACCUUGACCCAAGCAGUCUGCAGGCAGUAUCCAAAUGGCGAUUUUGCUGUAUUCGAAUCCGGUCGGGUAGGGCUGAAUCUCGUGGGUGCUUGCUUCAACUACGAUUUUCAAAACGACCUCAAGGCUGCUACGGAGGAAUUCACCAAGAAGUGCCAGGAGACAUCCAAUCAGUGCAAGUAUGUGGCCUGGUGCUUCUAUGGAUCUGGCGGCGAAAACGCCAACUGGAUCUCGGAGGCGCCAUGUGAUGCAGAUGAUAGCUUUUGA